AUGCCGACAAAGAACAACCUACCAACAACAUCAAUUGCAGAGCGUGGCUAUUACCUUCUUGUCCAACGACCCGUCAACUCCUCCAUGCUUCCUCUUCAUGGCUGCAGCGAACCCAAAUCCCCUUGUCUGCCAAUGAUUUCCCCAUGGCGUUCUGUGUGCAUUGAUAAGGGUUUUCACCUUCGUCCCUUCUACUCUGACAGGACAAGGGCAGGCUGGUCAAGACUGGAAGCUUUACACAUUCAUAUCCAUUUUGUUGAAGAUCUGAUACCCCUCUUAUCUACAGAGCAGUUCCCAACUAGUACCCUAUUUUUCCUUAUCUCAUGUGCAAGUUUAAACUGUUCUUUCAUUGCUAUUGCCAAUUCAAACAGAUGUAAGUUAAAUAAGGUUUUGACUGAUAAUUCUUCUGGUUCUAAGAUUACUGUCAAAGAAUAUUGUAAUGAGGAUGCACAAUGUUCAUUUGUUGUUGACAAAAUAUUAGAACUCACUUCUUCAUCUGUCAAAGGCACUUUUGGAUAG